AUGUCUCCCGAGCCCUCAACUAUAAAACGUUCUGUGCCAGACCGAUCAAUUCGAAUUUGUGCUGACAGAGGUGGGACGUUUUGCGAUCUCCAUGCCUCGUAUCCAGACCCAGAGAAUGAAGGCGAGCGGAAAGACAUCGUCGUAAAACUACUAUCGCAGGACCCUGCUAACUACAAAGACGCGCCUACAGAAGGCAUUCGGCGAAUCCUAGAAAUCGUCACUGGCACAGAAAUACCGCGAGGAACCGUCUUGGAGACAGCAAAAAUUGACUACAUUCGCCUGUCUACGACCGUUGCUACGAAUGCUUUGCUCGAGCGCAAGGGUCAUAAACACGCACUGUUGAUAACACGCGGGUUCAAAGACUUACUACUAAUUGGCAACCAGUCUCGUCCCAAGAUCUUUGACCUCAAUAUUCGGCGACCCAAUCCAUUAUAUUCGGUCGUUAUCGAGGUUGAUGAGCGUGUCACUCUCGUGGGCUACACGUCAGACCCGAAGGCAGAAGAAAACGCCGUCCAGUUUGACGACGAUGGAAAGGUGUCCAGAGGCUAUCGCGGGAAAGGCUGGGACGGGACUGGUGAUGCAGAAGGCCCUGGAGAAAUUGUUCGUGGGUUGUCUGGUGAGGCAGUCCGAAUUCUUUCUCGACCAGACCCGGACGUCAUUACCGGUCAACUUCAAGCCCUUUACGACGAAGGAUAUCGCUCCCUCGCUAUCGUGUUUGCCCAUUCAUAUACCUUCCCUCAGCACGAGCAGCUCGUCGGCGCGCUCGCUCGCAAGGUCGGAUUCACUCACGUGUCUGAGUCCGCGCAGCUUCUGCCAAUGAUCAAGAUGGUCCCGCGUGGCGUGUCGAGCACCGCGGAUGCUUACCUGACGCCCAUCCUGAAAGACUACCUGGACGGCUUCUUUGGUGGAUUUGACGAGAAGCUGAAAGAUGGAAAAAUAAAGAGUCCAAGAGUGGAAUUUAUGGGCAGUGAUGGCGGUCUUCUGGAUCUGGACAACUUUUCCGGUUUGAAGAGCAUCCUUAGUGGCCCAGCUGGCGGAGUAGUUGGUUAUGCACUCACAAGCUGGGAUGACAAGGAAAGAAAGCCAAUUAUUGGUUUGGAUGUUGGAGGAACCUCAACUGAUGUCUCGAGAUUUUCCGGUCGUUAUGAGGUUGUCUACGAAACCACGACCGCUGGCGUCACCAUUCAAUCUCCGCAACUCGAUAUCAACACUGUCGCUGCAGGCGGUGGCUCCUGUCUCACCUUCCGCAAUGGUUUAUUCCUUGCUGGGCCGCAUAGUGCCGGCGCAGAGCCCGGGCCGGCUUGCUAUCGCAAAGGAGGGCCUCUGGCGGUGACUGAUGCUAACCUUCUUCUGGGUCGACUGCUCCCAGACUUUUUCCCUAAGAUUUUUGGCAAGUCAGAGCGUGAGCCGCUUGACAUUGAUGCCUCACGAACCGCCUUCGAAACUCUUGCAAAAGAGAUCAACGAAAGCAAUGAAAACGGGAAUCUCAGCCUUGAUGAAAUCGUUUACGGAUUCAUCAAGGUCGCGAACGAGACAAUGUGCCGACCUAUUCGAGCACUCACUGAAGCCAAAGGGUACGCGACAGGACAUCACGUACUUGCCAGUUUUGGUGGUGCCGGUGGCCAACACGCUUGCGAGAUUGCAAGUCUUCUAGGAAUCAAAACAAUAUUGAUUCAUCGCUACAGCUCGAUCUUGUCGGCAUAUGGACUGGCGCUCGCUGAUCGCGCCUAUGAACUUCAAGAGCCAUCCUCGGCUUUUUACUCGCCAUCUACUCGUGCUUCACUCAUCAAACGUCUUGACAAGCUUACUGGCGACGUAGAACGGGAGCUUCAGAAGCAGGGCUUCGAGCCGUUACGGAUUAGGGCCGAGCGGAUGCUGAAUAUGCGCUUCGAAGGCACUGACACGGCUUUGAUGGUACUGCCUGUAUCACAAGACGGAGACGGAGAUGAGGAUUUCGAGGCGGCAUUCAAGAGAGUAUAUAAGAGUGAAUUUGGCUUCCUAUUGGAGGGCAAAACCAUCAUUGUGGAUGAUGUCAAGGUCCGUGGAAUUGGCAAAACCUUUGACACUCUCGGUCCUUCUGUCUACUCUGAAGUUGCACAAUUGAGCACCAAAGCAGUGGAUGUUGAAGCGAAAGCGGAGACAAAACGGUACAGCGUGUACUUCGACCGCGUUGGCCGGGUGGACGAGACACCGGUUUACCAACUCGACCACGAUCGUGCUUGUCCCUGGCGCUAA